AGUUCGAAAGAACGCAUUAUCCUGACGUGUUUGCUCGGGAAAGAUUAGCUGUGAAAAUAGGGUUACCAGAAGCUCGGAUACAGGUGUGGUUUUCGAAUCGACGAGCCAAAUGGAGACGAGAGGAGAAGCUGCGGACGCAACGGCGAGCGACGGACCAACAGCAACACCCGACGGUGGGCAGCACCGAGCAGCCCCCCGCCCCCGCCUCCCCC